UCUUCUGGGGUAGAGCGGAAGGAGCGCUAAGCUGGCGCUGCGGAGCCCCGCAGGUCCGUCCGUCCGUCCGUCCCCCAAAGCCACAUGAGGAAGAAAGAACCCAAGCGUCCGGGCUCGAGGGAAACCCCUCUGCGGAGAUCCAGUCGCCUGCAGCAGGAGAAAGUUGGGGCACAGGGAAUGACAAGCUCAGAGAAACCACAAGGCGCAGGAGGAAGUCUCUCCAGGGAUGUUCUUCAGCCCCGGGAGAGCAUCAGAGCAUACCGGAACCGGGUGGAGGCAGCCAGGGACCGCUCGCCCAGUCCACCCAGUCCAGCCAGGGGUCCCUUGGCACUCUCAGAACCACGACCUCAGACAGAAAGUGGGCAGCCCGUGUUGGAACAAGACACGACGCUGUUCCCUUUUGUCAGGCUGAGACGACUGGCUGCUUCUCAGGAAGAUGGGCCUCCCCCACAGCAAAACAGGGCAAAGGAGCUGCAGAAACCAAACAUUGACUGGGAAGUGGUGAAAGACGAAAGGGCACGGCUGCAGGUACUGGAAGCGCGGAGGCUCCGAGGAGGCAAGCCGGUGCCUCCGGAAGACAAGCCAACGCCAACCCUGCACGGCGAGAUGGACAGCAAAGGCCCCAGGUGGCAGGCCAGGCCGACAAUGAGCGCCGAGUUCAAGAGGCCGGCCGAGAAGGCCAGACCUUCCGCGGGGCAGAGCACAGCGCUGCCCGCAGAAAACACCAAAGCGUGGAGCAGGCCUCUCCGGUCUCGUUCCACGCUCGGCUCUCUGCUCGUCUUGCUUAUCCUGGGCCUUGGCUGCUGGCUCGUUUGGGAACACGGAAGCCCUUCAUCUUUGCUGGGGAUAAUGGGGUAUGGACAGCUGACCUGGAGUGGCUUUCCAAAGCUGUGGAGUAGGACGGAAGAGUGCAGCUCGCAAUGCAGCUUGGUGCUCGUGGAAAGCAUCCCAGACACUCUGAAGUACCAGUCCCUGAAACCUCACAAUCCAACCACCUACCAGGCCUGGAUGGACCUUCUGGCCAGAGCCAAUAGCAGUGUGGAGAUCGCGGCUUUCUACUUUACCCUCCGAGAUUCAGAUGUGCAUGUACAGGAUCCUUCCUCGUGGCAGGGAAAGGCAAUUUUCGAGUCGCUGCGGGACCUGCCUUCUCGUGGGGUGAUGCUCAACAUUGCUGUGAACAGCCCCCAGAUGUCCGAGAACGACACGGCCGAAUUGGCCCAACAUGGGGCGGACGUGCGGCACGUGGACAUGAGGCGCCUGACGGGCGGCAUCGUGCACACCAAGCUGUGGGUGGUGGACCAGCGGCACGUCUACCUCGGCAGCGCCAACAUGGACUGGCGCUCCCUCACGCAGGUGAAGGAGCUGGGCGCCGUCCUCUACAACUGCAGCUGCGUGGCUCGGGACUUACACCGCAUCUUUGCCAUCUACCGCAUCCUGGGCAAGGAGGGCGCUGCCAUCCCGGCGGUGUGGCCUGUGGGGCUUGCUGCCCAGUCCAGCGUGAGCCACCCGUUGAAGCUGCAACUCAACGGCACCAGUGCGGAGCUGUAUCUUUCUAGCUCCCCGCCAGCCCUGUGCUCCCAAGGACGGACACCAGACCUCUCCGCCAUCCUGAACACCAUCGACGAUGCGGAAGACUUCGUCUACAUUGCCGUGAUGGAUUACGAGCCUCAGUGUUCGUUCUGCAAACCCAGAAGGUUUUGGCCCGUCAUCGACGACGCCUUGCGCACUGCGGCCUGUGAGCGCCGGGCGAACGUGCGUCUCCUCGUCAGCUGUUGGCAGCACUCCAAGCCGGCCAUGUUUGUCUUCCUGGAGUCGCUGCGCGUCCUCAGCCACGAGCCGCUGCGUUGCCCCAUUGAAGUGAAACUCUUUGUGGUUCCCUCGGAGGGGGAGCAGCCCCCGAUCCCGUAUGCCCACGUCAAUCACAACAAAUACAUGGUAACAGACCGAGUGGCCUACAUCGGUACCUCCAACUGGUCAGAAGAUUAUUUUGUCAACACCACUGGCGUGGGGCUGGUCAUCAAAGAGUCUGAGGCUGCCCCAGGACGCAGCCUUCGCCAACAGCUGGAGGACGUCUUCCUCCGGGACUGGACCUCUCCCUAUGCUUUCCCGCUCAGCCACCACUGGGAGUGUGCCAAGAAAUGAGGGGGUGCCGGGCCCCCUGGAGGAAGGGCCCUCGGCCCUGGAACCACGGCUCUGAACGACUCCAAUCUUUUGAAGGGACACGGGCCAGGAAGGGACCACACUCGCUCGCUGAUACUGCUGUCUGAACCCCAGCUUUGGGGUGCUUUGGCGCAGGGAGGGGGACCGUGUGCCUCGCCAGAUGCUGGACUGCAAUUCCCAUCAGCCAUCACCAUUGGCUUUGCCGGCAAGGGCCGGCGAGAGUGGCAGCCCAGCAGCCACAGGCCUGCUCCCCCCCCCCCCCCGCCGUCCUGCCAGCAGAAAUGUGAACUCGUAACAGGAAAAAGAAGGGAAUUUUUAUUGUCUCGGCUAGGGAGGGAGGGAGAAAUCCGUUGCAAGCUGUGUUCCUCCACCCUGCUUCCCUGCAGCCGUGGGGAUGCCGGGGUUGUGGCCCAAACUGCAAGCUGAAGCAUUAAAAGGGACAGAGGUUCAACCCCUCGGCCUGCCCUUCCCUAACGGCAGAGCACAACGCUUCCCGUCCAUAUGCCUCAACCACUUUUCGGAGAGCAGAAGCCCUCCCCUUCCCUGAUCUUCUCUUCUCCGGGAUACAGAGUACCCCUCUGUCCCUCCUGGCCUUUCGGACUCCUCACCGUCCUGGCCGUGCCCUUCUCUGGCCACACUGUCAGGAGACUUAAAUCGGGCACCUGGCACUGCCUCCCCCUUGGAAGUUUCGUGACUGGAACCUGGGGAGGGAGCCCGGAGCCCACGAAAGAGGCUAGCGAGCCCCUUCCCUGGCAAAAAUCGAGCAAGCGCUAAAGAGCCAGAGCGAGGUGAGGGGAAGCGGAAAAAUUUGGUGGGAAGGCACUGGCGUUCGCCUGCCGAUACAGCCACGCUUCCGGUGCCUGUGCAAUUUGGAAAGGCGAUCCCACUGGAACCAGGGCUAUGCCACCUCUGGCUGCAUAUUCUCCAGGGCUUUUUUUAUUCCAGGGGCUUGGAUAUGGGCCAUUUUUAAAUGAAUUUUUAAAUGAAUUCAUUUGAAAUGAACUGAAUUUCAUUUUUAAAUGAGUUUAAAUGAUUUUUUUAGAUGAAUUCGGGGGGUGUUGCUUUUUUGUGUGGAUCAUAGAUACCGGGAAAAGUUCCGCUGGAAAGAAACGGACAGGGAAUCUUUCCUCGGGUUGUUUUGUUUCAAAGCUCCGUUGAUUAAACAGAUCUAUUUUUCUCAGGGAGAAUGCUUGAAGUGAGAAUGGAAGUGCCUUGAAGUCUAUAUUUUUUAAGCAUAACGUAAGGGAAAUGGAUGGCUCUUGAAGGGGUGAGCACCCCCUCCCUUGCAGCUUUUAUUUUCAGCUUUCGGGGAGCUGCUCCGGGCAGUCCAUGGUGGUGGUCCUGUUCUGGGGAGGAAGCUAAGCACAGGGAAUGCUCCCCAAAGCUCAAAAUGAAGGCUGCAAUGGGGCAGGCCCAUGGAUGCCGGAGGCCCCGGCCUUCCUGGGCAGAGCACCUUCCGUGGGCUUGUGGAACGGCAGGGUGGAGGGAGGAAGGGGCAUUCGCUUUCUCUGGCAGAGUUUAUUUUUGAUAUUAUGCCGAUUUUUAAAUAAAGAAGUGCCAAAUGUCA